CUUGCAGCUUAGCAGCACUCCGGACAGGACGGGCUCCUCCACCUCCUCCUCUCUCCUCUUCUGAUUCGUGUGUGUGUGUGCGCGGGUGAAUGUGUGUGUGUGUGUGUGUGUGUGUGUGAGAGAGAGAGUGAUAGUGGCGGCGUAACAGGGAGGCUGCACUGACAGUUUCAUCCAACUCUAGCGCAGCGCAGAAGUCCCGGACAGACGCAGCAUGGUGCGGACUCAUUGAUAAAAAUCCGCGCCUCUGGAAUUAAAAUGAGCUCUCGUGCAGAGCGGCUCUCCUCUCCUUCUUCAUCCUCCUCCUCCUCCUCACAGCGCUGCAUUCUCCGCUCUAGGGCUGUUUUAUGUGACUCCAGCAGAAGAAGCAGGAUGACUACUAAACUGUCGCUGAUAAUUUUGUGCGCAAUGGUGACGUUGGCGAGGACAUCUAAGACGGAGCGGGCUCUGUUUCCCGACUGCAGCUCCGGCCGUUACACGGACGGCGGGGAAUGCUGUUUGGAGUGUCCACCUGGAGAGGGAGUGGUGAAGGAAUGCGGCGCCACUCAGACCGUCUGCGCUCAGUGUUUGGAUAGCGAGACCUUCUCCGAGAACGACAGUCACACGGAGAAGUGCAAGCCCUGCACUCAGUGUACCGGCUUGAUGAGAAUGGAGACGCCGUGCACCGACUCCAUCGACGCAAAAUGUGUCUGCAACUACAACUACUAUUACAAUACGCUCUCUGGACAGUGUGAGCUGUGCACUGUGUGCCCAGUAGGGCAAGGCGUGUACUCUCACUGCGACCAUCAUCAUGACACAGUGUGUGAGGAGUGUGUGGAUGAGACCUACUCAGACCGGGAAAGCUCCCUUGAGCCCUGCUUACCCUGCACCAUCUGUGAUGAAGAAAUGGAUGAGACACUGAUUGCUGAGUGCACGCCCAACAGCGACUCUGUCUGCCACAAUCCGAAUCUCCCCACGUACGACCCAACCAUCGCUGAUCCGCUUACGUACUCAGAUGCCAUCUUUCCUGGCGGCUCAGACAACCCAUUGCCAAAUGGAGAGACAACCACAUCCAGCGCUGGCUCUCCCCGAUUCCUUGGCCAUGGCCUCAAUGAAAACCUCAUCCCCAUCUACUGCUCCAUCCUGGCUGCGGUAGUGGUGGGUCUGGUGGCAUACAUUGUGUUCAAGAGGUGGAAUAGCUGCAAGCAGAACAAGCAGGCAGCUAAUAAUCGUGCUGCCACAAACAACCAGAUGGUGACACCAGAAGGUGAGAAGCUGCACAGUGACAGCGGCAUCUCAGUGGACACUCAGAGUCUUCAGGAGCAGCAGCAACAAGCCCAGGCUGAAGUCCAGCCGCAGCCUUCACGCACACACACACAGGAGCAAAUAGUGGUGAGUGUGGAUGGAGGCCCCCAUCCUGACUCACCUCCACCUGAAGUUUGAGGAGGAAGAGGAGGCAUCUGGACUGAGGACAGGGACAAGAGCAUUGGAACUAAUCAUGGACCAAAGCAAAGGAUGGGGGUGCCACACAGAUCAUGUAGAAGAAGACUGUGAUUCAUGGCUGAAGUGGCCACAGAUUAACCACUAGACUGACUCGGACCUUCCAGCACCUUUGGGCCACAGUCUGAGACUCUUCAUCCCUGAAACUGACUCUGUCAUAAAGUGUGCCUGCACACAAAAUCUAUGGCAAUACCAAACACAAGAACCAGUGUUACUCAUAAAUACAACAUCUCAUUUUAACAACCCAUUACAAUAUAUGACACAAUUAUUUACGGCUGCCAGUUUAACACACCUUUUUCUUUAGAAAUAUUCCAAGCGUCUUUUAAUUUUGCGAUCAGCUGCCAUGAUACGUUUGCGCUUGAAGGGUAAAUCAGCAUGUAUUUUUGUCUCUUGCAUCAAAGAGACCGGGGCAUUUUCCCCUCUCAUAUCUCUUUCUGCAGCGUCCCACUCUCACACACCUCAGUCCCUCUCCACAGGAUUCACUCCGUCAGACACCCGUUGUCAUUGGCGAUACUAAAAGCAGCAGGAGUGCCGUGAGUCACCCCCAUCUUCUUCUGAAAUGUAUUCUUCUUGUUUGAUUUAACUACCAACGUGUCUCUCGUUAUACUAUUUCAUUACGUGAGUGACUCAUCUUCAAACGAAAAGUCAUUACUUCUUCCUCGGCUACAGCCACACAGCUUCCCGUCUCACCGUGUCUCCUGGGAUUGUUCUUCAGCAGUGUCUUGCUGACAAUGUCACACUCCAAAUGUUUGUCUCAUGUUAGUGGCACAGCACUUUCAUUUCUACACGAGCUGCACGGCUGAUUCAGCAAGCUGCUUCCACGUUACCCCAUAAAGAUCUGGAUGUGCAACAAGAGAGGAGAGGAACAUCUCUAGACGGUGGAGCUCUGCUGACUCACUGAGAUAAAGGGAAAGGGAAGCCAUCUGUGGAGUAAAAAAAGGGAGUAACAGUGUCAUCGCUGCUAAUUAAUCUGCAAAUGGGAGAUUUAUAGUGUUUUCUGAGCAGGAUAUUGGGACACCCCUCAGAGGAUGAAGGCACCUCCAGCUUUACAGUCGUGCAUACAGCCUCAUCGGUGUUGCUGGGCGAUAAACAGCGCUGGGGGAGAAACGCUUUGUCGUUGGCGUUCAUGUCAACACAAAGCCCAUCUAGGAGAUGUCCUGACAGGCAGGUAGUAAUUACCUCAGGGAUUUCAGCUUCGUUUAGCCUCUGUUCCACUCUCAUAAGAUUAAUGCUGCAGACGGCGUCGAGGCUGCGCGGCUUUUGCUGAAGCGUCAGUGUGAUAUUAUAGACCUCUUAUCCAAGUUUGAGGCUGCUGACAUUUACCACACUGCUCUGGUGACAUAAAGCACUUAGUCCAGACUCACUUCUAAAGCCGUGUGGUACCUUUCAUUACUGAAGACCACUUUCAUGUGUCCCCCCCCCCUGCUGCUGGCGGUAGCUGUAGAAGUGAACCUUGUAAACAACACACACGUGGCCGAGCACGGCUGCAUUCAUUCCUCACAGGCGCACAUAGAUUCUCAGGAUUUCUUUCUUCUGGUGUGACUGGGAUUGUGUUGACUUUCAGAGGAUUUGAGUGAACAGAGGAAUUGAGACGGAGCUGGGAUGUUAUUAGAUUCAUUGAUUCGAUUGUUUACAGACCAGUGACAAAAGGUUUUGCUGGCACACAUUGACAACUAUACAUACUGAGAAGAGUCAUGUUGGUGUGAAAUACUGUAUUUAAGGUACUUUAUUAACCUUUGCUGAGAAAUGCAGAAUACCAAGCUGUUUAACUGUAAUGACAGCUGUUGUUGCAAGCUAAAGCCUGAUUUAUGCUUCUCCGUCUGCGUCAGUGUGGAGACACGCAACGCCAUUAUCCGUCCUUGCGUAGGGCUCCGGCAGGCACGCAAGUACGUACGGAGUCGAGCCCACUUUUUUAAACAUCCGUCGAACGAGACGGAUUACGCAAGCUUGUGAUUGGUCAGGACGCAGCUGUUGUUUACAGGGCCGCCAUUGCAAAUAGAGCCGAGGAUAACUAGCGGCAGACACGGAGAAGCUUGAAGAACACCUCGCGAAAAAACUAAAUAUGUAAACGUUUAAUUCUCCCGUGACUGGAGGAGUGAAAAGAUGCGCAGCAAGCAUUUUAUUUGUGGACGGAAAUGACAGGAAACGUGGGUUUAGAGGUGGGGAGCGCAUGAAGAGGUGGAGAAUGAGAGACAAAUAUGUCCGUGUUAAAAAGUCUCUUAUAUACACAAAAAACAUAAUAUACCGUAAAUCUUCUAAUACAAGUCGGUAUUCAAUUAAAGGCCGGGUCUCCAAUUUUGGUCGGUGUCGGAGGCGGCGGAGGUGAAUAAUGGCCGGUCUCUUAUUGUGGCCGGGUGGAAUGUGGUAACAAGCAAGUACGGGGGCGGUUGUGUCAUCGUCUCACUUUUGAUUUGCCAGUGAUAGACCGCGAGGGUAACUUUAACCAUGUGGAGACGAAGAGGAGGCAAUUUGAUAUCAAGUUCAAAGAGAACGUGCUGAUUAUGCUGCAGAACACUAGGGAGCAAUAGGGGUUGCUGCAGAGCGUCGGUACUGACACGCGAUCGUUCAUGUCGGUUCAUGUCGGUUCAUUUCCUUUGAUGUUUUCUGCCUUUUAUUUGCGCCUGAUGCGUUUCGCUGCAUGCUGUGGAGCGGGGCGCUGCGCGCAUCACCUUGUCCUCCGACGCACUGAUCACUGAUACGGCCGCCAAGCAGCGAGCACUCCGCUGUUUUAGCGGUCGGUAGAUCUUUUAGAACUGCAGUUCAAAGGUAACUCAUGAGGUGAAUAUAUAUGAACCCAGGUAGCAGUUUCUCUUUAGGACUGAGAGGAGAUGCAGGAAGAUAAUAAACAGGCAGGACAGAAAAAUAGCCAAAUAAAAACAAGUUAGUUUUUGUACCUGGUGGUUGCAACAAACAGACACCAUUGAAGGUAAUCAGAAGUGAAAAACAGAAAAUGAAAUAAUUAUUUUAAUGUUUAGAGCAGCAGGAACUCCGAGAGGCUGCAGGCGCAUCAGUGAGUUUGCGGCCGCUGCGCAGGGGGAGGGGGGAGAGGGCUGAAGCAGAAACUACCGUUGUUAAAAGAAAUGUGUUUAACUUUGAAAAUGUGGGCACAAUUUUAAUUGUCAAAAACUCCAGCGAACCAUUAGUUCAUUUUUCUCAAAUAGAAAUAGAGGCCUGCCUCUAAUACUGACCCUCCUUCCAAUAAAGGCCUGGGCCUUGAUGAGCUUGAGUCAAAUACAGGCCCGGGCCAGUAUUAGAGGAUUCACGGUAAACACACUAUCUUGGACCGAUACAUGACAGGAUACCACAGAACAGCGCUACGCCCUCUGUGGUCCUGCCGGGCAAUUGCUUUGCAACGCUCUCCAGGAGACGGAGAAGCAAAACGCUUCCGUCAAUCCGUGCGUGUCUGUCCCUUGCGGAGCUGACGGAGAAGCAUAAACCAGGCUUAACUCACAAACCAUCCAGAGGGUCAUUAACGGUUUUGAUGUCCUGCACCACGUGCAAGAUGUUGUGACCACAUUCCUAUUGGUGAAGAGAUUUCUGUGAAGCAGUUUGAGUUUCAAGAUCAGAGUCAGAUCAUUGGAAACUCAGAGUUUUCUAAGAUCACCCACCUUAUGUGGUCAAAAUAUGAACACACCUGUGGUAUCCAAAGCAACCUCAAACCCAGAAAUCCUCUCUGAACUGAGUCCCCACCUGGCUUUACAGUAAUCCACACAUGUGAGAAUGUGAUCAAAGCGCUCUGCACGGGGACUAAAAGAACAAAGACUGUCAGGAGCUCAUGUUAACAAAGAUAUCAGUGCAGUUUAAAACUGUUUUACCCUGCAUCUUUCACUUUGAAACGGUAAAGCUGCUAUGAUGAGAAAAGAAAUGUCAUCAAGGAAGCAAAUGAGUACCGUCUCAUUGAUUCUGAACAUAGAAGGAUGAAGAAACUUCACCAGGAAUUAAAAACGUAAUCAUUAUCUUGAGCUGAAGUUAAAUAAAGUUCAAAGUAAGUGUUUCUUCAUGACCUCUUCCAAACAAAAACAUGACAACAUGCUUCAAAAUUUUAUGUAACCAACUUGUAUGGAAAGGAUGCCUCCUUCAUGACUUCUAUAAUGUUGCCAUAUGAAAAGGAUGUGUUAUUUUAAAGACGCGGUUUGAUACUGCAGGAGAAAGGGACUAAGAUGUGGAGGAGAUCUGAUUUUCCUCAUGACAGAAACCGGUCUGUUCAGAGUAAAAACCAGUGGAGCCUGAAACUGUUAAACUGGCUUUGUGUAAGAAAAGAUUAUACAUCUACUUCAUAUCAUCUUUGAAAUGGCAUUAAUUCUUAGUUUAAUUGAAAUUCAAAAACACAAGUGUUAGUUCUGUGGAUCCUCCCCACAUAUUUAUCCUCACCAAGUGUCAUAAAAGUUGUCAUCUACGUCUCAGCAAUAAUGACGCUGCGAGACGACAGUAGUUUUGGAGAACUUUGCUUGUUAGUCGCACUCGUAGGGGUUAGUGAUAGAUAGGAAAUGUCAGAGAGGGAGAGGAAAACAAAGAAAAAAAAUGAGUCAUCACGUGCUGUGUGGUACUGUGGAUCGAUCACAUGGUCACAAACACCUUCAGACAAUUAAGCUCUCUGGUCUCCUCACGCGUGGUUCAUGAAUCACCGAGACAUAAUGAAUGGACACAGAUACGAGUCCUGCAGUAGUCUGCGGCCUUGUGGUGAACAUGUGACCACGCACACAUGCACGCACACACAUACACACACAAAGACGAGUGUGUGAUUCACUCUUCUAGCUGGGAUGAUUCAUCCUGAUCCUAGCUGUGGCUCAGACAUUAAAGCAGACUUUGCUACAGUACGGGUAACCAGAGAGUCGGUGUAAAGGUGAAAAAAUUAACCCCCAACAACCCACAAACGCCUCAUUACCAUCCUCCCCUGAGGGCCAACCAGCCCUCCAACCGUGCUCCCCGGGAUGACGUAUUCUCUUUCUCCAACACUUUGUGAAGUGAGAGUGUCUUUGUCAGAAUGCACAGCCUGGGUCUACACUGAAAAUAUGCAAGACACGUUUGAAGAUUGGUUUAUAUUUGCCCAACGUCUGUUAUUUUAAAAUGUUUUCAUCCUUACGUUUCCAGUUUGUUCAUACUACGAAUAGUACUACAAGUGUUUUUUCUAAGUGAUAUUAUUUUGUAGCACUUAGUAGAUAUAUGAUUGCACUCAAAGAGUGUACCACAGUUCAAGUGCCUGUGUACAGUGUUCAGUGUCUUUGAGUUUACAAAUUUGACUCUGUUCCCCCUCCUCUUUUACUUUGUUAGAACUUUUUCAUUUGUGAUUUAUUUGUUUUUAUUUUAGAGCUAAUGAAGGCUUUUAUUGAACUGAAGUCACAACUACGGAUGAGCCUUGGAGACUCAAGCAAACUGUAAAAACAUUGCACCAAAACCGAGACUUGCAUCACAAACAGGUUGCCGGCGAACUCAUAAUGUAUGCCAACAUACUGUAAUUACAAAAUCAUGUAGCACUUAGAGAACAUUAACAUUUUACAAGAACUUUUACUCUGAAAUUCACGCAGGUUAUCUGAUAGCUGAGAUGUACUGUACAGAUAUUUUGCAUGUACAGUCGUUUGACCAUGUACGUUCAUUAUAGAGGCAGCCGGACAUGUAAUCUGCAUCACGGUGAUGUCCAUGGGGAGGCUCACUGUGAUUAUCUGUGAUUUUAUUACUUGAUAGAGUUACAUCAGGACCUGGUCCCCAAAUACGCUGAAUGUCAUAUGUAGUUACCUACUAAUGUAAAGAGCUUUGUGUAAAUGUGAUUUUCUUAGAGUUGAUAAAAAUAUAGAAAACCAUGCUGCAAAAUGUAAAAAAAAAAAAAAAGAAACUGAGUGCAAGUGAAAUGAACAUCAAUAACAAAACAAUAAAAAACAUGUUAUUGGC